AUGCGCAAACCAAUGAGGAAGAAAUCCCCGGCCAUCCACAAUGCCCUUCCCAAGAGCCUUCAAGAUGCCAAAGACACCCAGCUUCUCAAAGCCCUCAGUAAACCCCAACGCAGCCCAUGGCCAGAACGUAAGACAGAUCCUUGGCCUCGGCCUCUUCGAAUUACACCCAAAAGACGCUACAGAGCAGCCUCAUCCAGUUUCUUCGAUACACUUCCUCUCGAGCUCGUCGACAUGAUCCUGCUCCAACUCGACUACACCUCCUUAGCUCGUCUCAGCGCCACCAAUACAAAAGCCGAACGCUUCCUCAAGACUCGACCGUACUACAAGCUCGUCGUUGAGAACUGCUACAUAUUCCUCGCCGAGUUGCGCAGGAUACAGUUCCUGUCUGUCCCCAGGGCCGCAUCUAUCUACCAUGCGCUCUGGACGGCACCACAGAACACAGCUCUAUGCACAAUUAUGGUUGAGGAGAAAUACCAUAUAUCCCGGGACGAUAUUCUCGGGAACCUACUUUAUCUGCGGAGUUCCGAGCGGCCUAAGUCGUUAUUUGUCCUUGAAGCAGAUGUUCACAGUCUCGCGGCGCGUCUAUUUGGCGAGGAGCGGCGUGUUCGUUGCCUUGAUCGAUGGUGGACGAGGGAACUGGCGAGCUCGCCGCUUCCGUUUGUUGAUGAAGAGAGAAAGCAAGUUGAACAGGGGAGGCUUUCAAAUUGA